UUAUGGCCUUGGUGUCAGAUUUUCUCUUUGCUUUUCAGUCUCUGCACAUUGGGAAGGUGAACACCACUGUACCCCAGACUCUCGCCACCAUUUCAACCUGUUCAGGGAGCAGCUCCCCCCAAGCCACAGUAACAGAGGAGCUUCUCCACCACCAAGAAAGCAAGGGACCUUAUCCAACCACUUGAGGGGCGGAGAAGGGGAUUUUGGUUUAUCCUCCCACCCCUGUUGAAUUUAUUUAAAAUUAGACCUGGUAGGGGACCUGAACCUGUGACCUGUUGACUUGGAACGUGCGAGAGGAUGAAGGGGCCGUGGCUCGUGCUGGCAGCUCUGUGCCUCGCCCUGGCAAGUCUGGGAGCCUGGGCAGAGGACGGACUCAAUUUCCCAGAGUAUGACGGAGAGGAUAGGGUGAUCAACAUCAACUUGAAGAACUACAAGGCAGCGCUGAAGAAGUACGAUGUGUUGGCCUUGCUGUACCACGACCCUAUUGAGGAUGACAAGGCUUCACAGAGGCAGUUUGAAAUGGAGGAGCUUAUUUUAGAGUUAGCUGCCCAAGUCCUGGAAGAUAAAGGCGUAGGAUUUGGUUUGGUCGACUCUGAGAAAGAUUCAGCUGUAGCCAAGAAGUUAGGUCUGCAUGAAGAAGACAGUAUCUAUGUGUUCAAGGAUGACGAAGUCAUCGAAUAUGACGGAGAGUUCUCUGCUGACACCUUGGUCGAAUUUCUACUGGAUGUGCUCGAGGAUCCCAUAGAGUUCAUCGAUGGAAGUCACGAACUUGCUGCCUUUGAGAAUCUGGACGAUGAGCCCAAACUUAUUGGAUUCUUCAAGAACGAGGAUUCUGAACAUUACAAAGCCUACUUAGAUGCGGCAGAGGAAUUCCAUCCGUACAUACCAUUCUUCGCUACCUUUGACAGCAAGGUUGCCAAGAAGCUGACACUCAAGCUGAAUGAGAUUGACUACUACGAGCCUUUCCAUGAUGAACCCGUCACCAUUCCCGAUAAACCCAACAGUGAAAAAGAGAUUGUAGAAUUCCUGCACUUGCACAAGAGACCAACACUGAGGAAGCUACGGCCAGACAGUAUGUAUGAAACCUGGGAAGACGAUUUGAACGGAAUCCACAUUGUAGCCUUCGCAGAAGAGGACGAUCCAGAUGGUUAUGAAUUCCUGGAGAUCAUCAAAGAAGUCGCAGAAGACAACACAGAUAACCCAGACCUGAGCAUUAUUUGGAUUGACCCAGAGGAUUUCCCAUUGCUGAUUCCAUACUGGGAGGAGACGUUUGGGAUUGACCUCUCUCGACCUCAUAUUGGUGUGGUGAAUGUGACAGAUGCCGAUAGUGUCUGGAUGGACAUGGAUGAUGAAGAGGAUUUACCCACAGUAGAUGAACUGGAAGACUGGAUUGAAGAUGUUUUGGAUGGUGAUAUCAACACAGAAGACGAUGAUGAUGACGACGACGACGAUGAUGACGAUGAUGACGACGAUGAUGACGACGAUGAUGACGACGAUGAUGACGACGAUGAUGACGACGAUGAUGAUGACGAUGAUGAUGAUGACGACGAUGAUGACGAUGACUAAACAGUCAUUUAUUAAGUCGUUAGCAUCUAACUAGUUUAUAUACACGUCAAAAAUCUGACUUUAUCAACAAAAUAUUUUUGUAUGAAUUCUUGAAAUUUAAUCUCUCCUUUAAUUAUCCAAUAUGAUUGUAACCCCCAGAUUAGGAAAAGUCCAGUUGUUUUGGGCAUGAGGCAUCCUGAGGGACAUAAUUAUUAAAACAUAAUAGCCCCCAAGAAACACCUAAUGCUAUGCCAAACUUAAAUUUGAGACAAAUCAAAAAAGAAUGGAACUAGCAAUAACCUGAAAAGAUUCAGUAUUAUAAACUCCCUGAUAAGACAUCAAAGCUAAAUCAUCAUUUUCUAAGACCAAAGAAGACUCUGUCCAUCCUAAUCUCAACAAAUAAAAAAAUUCCACAAAGUAUUUAAUUAAACCGGGGUCCAGAAGAACUCUGUGUCGAUUCUCGGUGCGCAAAGACCCAAUAUGAGUUAAGAAAUUACCCUUACAAACCCAAAGAUUACAAAGCACCGAUUAAGCAUUUCUAUGAUGUUUAAUUCUGGCCUCUACAAUAGCUAUUGCUAAACCUUACCAUUGUAUGAAAAAUGUCAUCUAGCUGGUCCUACUGACCACUAGCUAUGAUUACAGCUCUCACCAAGCUAUUGCAGCAGUUAUGAGCAACAACAGUUGGUAAUAUAUCCACAUGAAAGCUGGUGCUACUUAUUACCAACUGUAGUUCUUAUCCUCAUGGCAUAAUCUCCACGCUAUAGCUGGUGUUAGCUGGCUAUAUCUGGCUCUAGGUUUUAGCUGUAGACGGUGUUACUUUGUAACUACCGCUGGUGUGAUCUUCCUAUCUCCUAGCUGCAGCUAGUGGUAUCUCUGAGCUAUAGCUAGGUUUAUCACCUAGCAAUAGCUAGUUUUAUUUAUUUGCAUAUAAUAUGCAGGUAACUUAGCACACCGAUGUGUGAAUUCUUAAAACAAAAUUAAUAAAGCUAUCUGUAAAUA